AUGGAGGUUACUCCAUCCCCUCCGGCGCUCGAUCAAGUUGUGCGAAAUUCGGCGAAGCGAACCCGCGAUCUCUUCGGCUCCGAUUAUCUUUUACCCUCAGGAUUCACCGCAAAUCUCGGCGACUCGAUUGGUGUGUCAUAUCGACGAAAAGUAGAGUACGAUGAUGUGCAAACGCUCCCCCCUUCCCUUGCUGAGAAACAGGCAAAGGCAACAGCGAGCAGAACGAAACGCCCGAAGACAAGGACUGGUGCUGGCAUUGCUGGUACCGGGACAGAAAGCUCUGGCUCUUCAACUGCCCUCGUGAAAUCUUCACCGGUGGCUGGCUCACAACAAUCCAAUGGAGAUAAUUUGCCCACGAGUCUUGUACGGCGGCCAAUGGUAUCUCAACAACCAAAACCAGAAUGGCACGCGCCCUGGAAGCUUAUGCGAGUGAUAUCGGGACACUUGGGUUGGGUCCGCAGUUUGGCGGUGGAGCCUAAUAAUCAGUGGUUUGCAAGUGGUGCAGGAGAUCGAACAAUUAAAAUAUGGGAUUUGGCAACUGGCAGCCUUCGUUUGACCCUUACCGGCCACAUAUCUACGGUGCGAGGUCUGGCAGUGUCUCCACGACAUCCAUACCUUUUCUCUUGCGGUGAGGAUAAGAUGGUCAAAUGCUGGGACCUCGAAACAAACAAGGUCAUCCGACAUUACCACGGCCAUCUAAGCGGUGUCUACACCCUCGAUUUACAUCCCACUCUCGACGUCCUCGUAACAGGAGGACGAGACGCCGCCGCUAGGGUGUGGGACAUGCGAACACGAAGCAACGUCCACGUGCUUUCCGGACAUAGAACAACCGUCUCAGACCUGAAAUGUCAAGAAGCUGACCCACAAGUCAUCACCGCCUCCCUUGACUCAACCGUUCGAAUGUGGGACCUAGCCGCAGGCAAAACCAUGGGCGUCCUAACCCACCAUAAGAAAGGGGUUCGAGCGUUGGCUAUCCAUCCGAAGGAAUUCACAUUCGCCAGCGCCAGCGCCGGAAGCAUUAAACAGUGGAAAUGUCCCGAAGGCGCCUUCAUGCAGAAUUUCGAGGGCCAUAAUGCCAUCAUCAAUAAUCUUGCGGUCAAUGAGGAUAACGUAUUGUUCUCUGGUGGCGACAAUGGCUCCAUGUCCUUCUGGGACUGGAAGACUGGCCAUCGAUUCCAGUCUCUGGAUACAACUGCUCAACCCGGUUCAUUGGAUGCGGAGGCUGGUAUUAUGGCUGCUACGUUUGAUCGGACCGGCCUCCGAUUGCUCUGUGGAGAGGCUGAUAAAACUAUUAAGAUCUGGAAGCCGGACGACGAGGCGACAGAAGAGACACAUCCGUUGGAUUGGAAGCCGACAUUGGGGAGACAGAAAUAUUAAUUUGGGAUUUCUCUUGUUUCGGAAUGUGUUGUGCCUUAAAAUGUGCUUCUCUCCCACAAUAAUUUCCGGUCAUGCAUUUGUCUGGCGUUGCGCAAAACUUUCGGUUGGCGUUUCGAGGCCCUUAUGUACGAAUUAUCAGAGGAAUAUAAUUUUAUUUUUUUGGCGGCUUCUUAUCCACUAUAUGAAUAGAGUGACAAGCAUUUGAACGGGUGUUGCUACAUGUUCAUGUUUAUCUACUUGAAAAGCUCACCCUCUAUUUUCACAUAUAUAAACCCAUCCUUUGUCUGAAUCUAAUGAAUGCAGCUGCAUUUCGCUGAUCAAAAUACACCAUAAUCAUUCAACGUUCUUG